AGUUCGACGGCUACUGCUCCCAGCUCGUUCGUUCUCCAUCAGAUCUCUUCACCUUUCCACUUUUUGAUCUUCCCACGUCUCCGCCGCCUUAAUUCCCAGGCUGCAGACACGUUCAUUUCGUCAGUUUACGAAGCUAUAAAGAUUGGAUCUUUAGAUGCUCAAGGGGAGAGGGACGGGGGGUCGCUGGGCUGCUGGUCUGUGACGUCAAAUUUGGUGGCCAAAGCUUCCGCUUUUGCCUCCGUUUUUACGCUAGUCGGCCGGGGUCUUUCCUAGAGAUUGGUCCCCCCUUGCUGCCCUUUUGACCUUCCCCUUGUGCCCUCCUCGAUCAUCAUAGGCGGAAUGGGGACCAGGGCCAAGCUUGCGAAGAGAGCUCUCGAGACGGAUAUGCCUGUCAUGGUCCAGAUUCAGGAACUGAUGCGUGGAACGAAGGAAGCGAUAUCACUAGCUCAGGGUGUAGUCUAUUGGCAACCACCUGAACAAGCUCUAGAAAAAGUUAAACAACUCAUUGGGGACCCUUCGAUUAGUAAAUAUGGUGCUGAUGAAGGUCUUCCAGAACUUAGGCAGGCUCUGAUUGAGAAGUUGCAAAGGGAGAAUAAUCUGAAUAAAUCUGCAGUUAUGGUCACAGCUGGUGCAAACCAGGCAUUUGUAAAUGUGGUGCUUACCCUCUGCGAUCCAGGGGAUUCAGUUGUCAUGUUUGUGCCAUAUUACUUCAAUGCUCGUAUGGCAUUCCAAAUGACAGGCGUUACCGACAUAUUGGUUGGGCCUAGUGAUCCCGAAACACUUCAACCAGAUGUUGAAUGGUUAGAAAAGACUCUAUCACAAGAUCCAAUUCCCAAGCUAGUGACUGUUGUAAAUCCAGGAAACCCUUCAGGAGCCUACAUCCCGGAGCCUCUCCUCCUGAAAAUGUCAGAUCUUUGUAAAAGAGCCGGUGCAUGGUUCGUUGUAGAUAACACAUAUGAGUAUUUCAUGUACAAUGGUCUGAAGCAUUCUUGCAUAGAAGAUGACCACAUCGUCAAUCUCUUUUCGUUUUCUAAGGCCUAUGGAAUUAUGGGAUGGCGUAUUGGAUAUAUAGCAUACCCAGAUGCAGUCGAUGGUUUUGCAGCUCAGCUUCUCAAAGUUCAGGACAACAUUCCCAUCUGUGCUUCAAUCAUAGGCCAGCAUUUGGCUCUUCACUCCCUUGAGGUUGGACCGGAAUGGGUUAGAGAAAGGGUGCAGCUCCUCGUGAGGAGCAGAGACAUGCUCAUAAAAGCUUUGGCUCCACUCGGGGAAGAAAAUGUCAAGGGAGGACAGGGUGCUAUCUAUCUCUGGGCUAAACUUCCUGAGAAGUUCUCGGACGACUAUGAGGUUGUCAGAUGGCUAGUGAGGAGGCACCAUGUGAUCGUCGUUCCCGGGAGUGCCAGUGGCAGUCCAGGCUAUGUUCGAAUUUCGUUCGGCGGCCUGAAAGAGACUGACUGCGAGGUAGCUGCCUACAGGCUGCAGAAAGGUUUGGAAGAGCUGGUGAAGGACGGCAUGGUCGAGUAAAUAACAAAUGCAAUCGUUGGGCUCCAAAGCACAACUGAAGUGAAGUGAAGUGAAGCUGUUUUCAUUUGCCUUCUGGACUGAUUCCAAUAAGAUCUUCCUCAUUUUGUGUUCAUAUUCAUAGUUUUUGCUUUGUUUUGUUUCGAUUCAUUUUCCAUUGCGAAGAGGUAAAGACAGCAAAUAACAUCUCUUAAACCAUAAUGAAGCAUCAUUUCCUUUCA